GCUGGGGAUGUCGGGGGAGGCAGGAGAAGGGCUGUCCAGUGACCCAGGCUGGAAACUAGGGGACUAGCCACGUGAGAGUUCUCCAGUGACCUCUAAAGUGAGGGGCGCAAACGAUCGGCUCCCUCUUUCCCCUUUUUUACAAAUAAGGAAACUGAUGCUGCCCCCACCCCCGCCCCGACAGAGCCUGAGAGAAGGGACCCAGGACUCAGGCUUCCAAUCCAAGGUUCUUUCCCCUGCACAUUUCAGAAGUUUCUGAAUUUACAAAUGCAGGGUACCUGUGAAUGUGUGCGGGGUGGGGGGGCCGGGGGGGGCAGAAACGUGGCAAUUUGGGGCCUCACUAGGGAGGGUCACAGACGCCACUCUGAGUCAUCUGAAGAUUAUCCAGGUGGAUGGUUACCACUCAGCAGGACUGGUCCUGACUGCACCAAGAGGCUGGAGAAACUGCUCACGGUCAUUGCGGCGGGAGACCUUGAGGACUCAUUUAAGAACCGUAUUGAGCACCUACUGUGUGCUAGAGAACACAGGCAGCACCCUGUGACCGGGGAAUGGUGACUAAGUGUGACUGAGGUGUAAUGAGGGCACUGGGCAGUGAAGGGGCUCAGAAGAGGCGCCUGACCCAGCCUGGGGGCAACCAGGAAGGCUUCCUGGAGGAGGGGAUGUUGCAACAAAGAGCUGAACAAUGAGUACCAGUGAGAGCCCCUUGGCCAACAGACAGCCCCGCUGCCAGCCUGUCUCCUCCCUCUGCUCAUCCCCGGCCCCCUGGGGCUGCUGCCCGCUCAGAGCUGAUCAGGUGUCAGAGCUGAGAGCUGGGAGCUGCUGGUGCGAGCUGGUGGCCCAGCUGCAAGCAGGUAACCAGAGCCUGCAGUGGACACGGCGGCCUAGUGCUGGAGUCACUGGAGCUGCAGGAGGUGGCCUGGGAAGAGGAGAAACAUCAGACACAGGCCAUGAAGACCCUCCGGGCACGAUUUAAGAAGACAGAGCUGCGGCUCAGCCCCACUGACCUUGGCUCCUGCCCGCCCUGCGGCCCCUGCCCCAUCCCGAAGCCGGCAGCUAGAGGCAGGCGCCAGAGCCAGGACUGGGGCAAAAAUGACGAGCGGCUGCUGCAGGCCGUGGAGAACAACGAUGCCACGCGGGUGGCCUCCCUCAUCGCCCGCAAGGGACUGGUGCCCACGAAGCUGGACCCCGAGGGCAAGUCCGCAUUCCACCUGGCAGCCAUGAGGGGUGCAGCCAGCUGUCUAGAGGUGAUGCUGGCACACGGCGCCAACGUCAUGAGCACGGACGGGGCAGGUUACAAUGCCCUCCACCUGGCCGCCAAGUAUGGGCACCCACAGUGCUUGAAGCAGCUGCUGCAGGCAUCCUGCGUGGUGGAUACUGUGGACAGCAGUGGGUGGACCGCCCUGCAUCACGCAGCGGCUGGCGGCUGCAUCUCCUGCUCAGAAAUGCUCUGCUCCUUCAAGGCACAUCUGAAUCCUCGAGAUCGGCUGGGUACAACACCUCUGAUCAUAGCAGCUCAGAUGUGUCACACAGAUCUGUGCCGCCUCCUCCUGCAGCAUGGGGCUGCUGCAAAUGACCAGGACCUUCAGGGCAGGACGGCCCUGAUGCUGGCCUGUGAGGGAGGCAGCCCUGAAACAGUGGAGGUGCUGCUGCAGGGCGGGGCCCAGCCUAGCAUCACUGAUGCGCUGGGCCAGGACGCUGCUCACUACGGUGCCCUGGCAGGGGACAAACUCAUCCUGCACCUCCUGCAGGAGGCAGCCCAGCGCCCCUCACCACCUAGCGAGGAUGACCCAGGCGAGGCGUCAUCUCAGAACUCUGUGUCCAGCCAUGAAAAGCAAGGGGCCCCCAAGAAGCGGAAGGCACCUCAGCCCCCCGCCAAUAUCCCAAUGCCGGAUGAUCAAGAUGCCUAUGAGGAGAUCGUGCGGCUGCGACAGGAGAGGGGCCGCCUGCUGCAGAAGAUCCGGGGCCUGGAACAGCACCAGGAACGGAGGAAGCAGGAGCUGCCAGAGGCGGAGGCCAGCUCCCUCCACAGCCUGGAGAGACAGGUGCAAGAGCUACAGCAGCUGCUGGCGGAGAAGCAGGAGGAGAAGGAGAGUCUGGGACGGGAGGUGGAAAGUUUGCAGAGCAGGCUGUCUCUGCUGGAGAACGAGCGGGAGGGCAGCUGGUGGCCACCCUGGGAACUGGGGCGACGCCAUGAGAAGACCAGCGCCGAGGUCUUCCAGGUGCAGCGGGAGGCGUUAUUCAUGAAGAGUGAACGGCACGCAGCCGAGGCCCAGCUGGCCACGGCUGAGCAGCAGCUACGUGGGCUGCGUACUGAGGCCGAGCGGGCACGCCAGGCCCAGAGCCGCGCCCAGGAAGCCCUGGAGAGGGUCAAGGAGAAGGACAAGAAGAUCACUGAGCUCUCCAAGGAAGUGUUCAGUCUUAAGGAGGCGCUGAAGGACCAGCUGGGGGGCCCAGGCUCCUCGGAGGUGGAGGCCCUGCGCACCCAGGUGAAGGCUCUGCGGGAGCAGCUGGAGGAGGCUGCCAGGGACCACAGUGCAGUGGUGGCCUUGUACAGGAGUCACCUCCUCUACGCCAUUCAGGGUCAGAUGGAUGAAGAUGUGCAGCGGAUUCUGAGUCAGAUCCUGCAGAUGCAAAGACUCCAGGCCCAGGGCCGCUGAGAUCAGAGCACUGCCCUCCGCCUGCCAGGCCCCGCCUGGGGGGCUUCCGGACUCACGCACUGACCGUCCUCACUUGGAGACCAGUCUGGGCCCCUUCCUGACUGCCCCUCACUGCCUCCACCGCCCCCACUGGUCCCUGCACGCACUGGUCAGUCUAGAACCCCAGCCCUGACCGCACACCUCUCCCUGCGCUGGAGAACCUGCGAGUCCCCUCCUCCUUGUCUGGUCCGAUCAUCCCAGGCCACCCCAGGAGUAAAAGCUCACGGAGCAGAGGAUGAAAGCAUCGUGUGGCCUAAUUGCUGGGCUUCCACUGCAAAGAGGGGAGGGGGCGGCCCAGAGCAGGGACUGGGGAUUAGGGUGGGGAGCGCGAGGAAGGACUCCGUCCCAAAGAGGAACACUUUUUUUUUCUUUAAGCUUCAUUAUGUAUUUAUUUUUGGUUGCUGUUGGGCCUUCGUUCCUGAGUGCAGGCUUUCUCUAGUUGUGGUGAGAGGGGGCUCCUCUUUGUUGUGGUGCGCGGGCUUCUCAUUGCUGUGACUUCUCUUGUUGCAGAGCACGGGCUCUAGGCGCAGGGGCCUCAGUAGUUGUGGCUCACGGGCUUCCGCAGUUGUGGCGCGUGGGGUCUAGAGCUCAGGCUCAGUAGUUGUGGUACAAGGGCUUAGUCGCUCUGCCGUAUGUGGGAUCUUCCCAGACCAGGGAUUGAACACCUGUCCCCUGCAUUGGCAGAUGGAUUCUUAACCACUGCGCCACCAGCAAGAGGAACACCUUUUUUUUUUUUUUUUUUUUUUUGCCACACUGCUUGGCACGUGAGAUCUUAGUUCCCCGACCAGGGAUCAAACCCGCACCCCCUGCCUUGGAAGUGCUGAGUCUUAACCCCUGGACCACUGGGGAAGUCCCCAGUUACUGCGAUAUUUUGAAAAGUCAGAAUGGGUGCCCAGAAGUUCAAAACAAAAUAUGCAAAUGUUAAGUGAAGACAGAACCUGACACUGCUGUCCUCACCCUAAACCCCGCCCUGGUGGGAGCGUCCCACCCCAGCCUCCCUGCCCCUGGGCCACCCCCCCCUUGAAAUCCCCUGGGAGGUUCUUGGCUCUUUCCAGCUCUGGGAGGGAAGCGAUUCCGCGUCCAGCCUGUCCCCCGGGUUUCCUCAGUGUCCAGCCGUGGCUCCGCCUUCUCACAGGCAUCCUGGGCCCUUGGAGGAGAAUGUCCACGGGUGGGGACUGCCUCCCCAGAGCCGGGGUGUGUGUAUCUCUGUGGCCUGGAGCGUGGAGUGUGGCUGGGAGGUGGGGAGUCCGCACCUCCGUGUUCGAGGAGUGGCUGGCAUCUUCUGGGUUGCUGCCUGGGUCUCUCUGCCCCUCCCCU